GUGGUUCAACCAACCUGGACAAGAUUCAGACAACCUGAAACCACUAUAUGCACACUAGAUGAGGUUUGACACUGUCAGAGACGACAGAAGAAGAACAACCAUCAGAUACGGAUACAGACACAGACACAACGACGACUAUCAGAUACAAAGAAAUGCUGAGAAACAACACAGGUGAAAAACACCCAUGAUUCAGGGAGUUAAGAGGUACAAAAAAAAGAGAGAAACAGAGAUGAUCAUUUGUAACCUUGCCGUUUCUCUUCUUCUGCUAUCACUUGGCAUCAGCGGUACAGAAAAUGGGUCUGUUAUGAAUUGUAUUUCAGUGAUCAGAGUGCCACGAAACACAGUGUUUAGAGCUCCGGUUAUGACCGAGUUGAAGAUAAACUGUACUAUAACAACUCUAGAAGGAUGUCACGGGAACCCAAGGGUCUCAUGGUGCAAAAUCAAUGGAAGUCACUGUAAAGCUUUUAAUUACUCACAUCACAUAAAAACUGAUUUGAAGAGCAUCAAAGAACAUGAAUGGAUGUAUUUCCUGAUUUUCCUGAACAUCUCAGUGGAGGACACAGGUUCCUACAGAUGUAAAGGUGGUGACACAUCUGUAAGUCAUACUAUUAAUGUCACUGUGAGAGAUAAAAAUGAGAAUGAGGGCAAUCAAAGCAACACACGUGAUCCGAAUUCAGGUCAAAAGGAUCUUAAGUGGCUCUGGCCGUAUGUGUACAUCUGCAGUGGAAUAGCAGGGCUGGUGGUCAUAGUUAUGACUGUAACAUUGCUUAUCAUCAGAUUCAAAGGGACAAAAUCAACAAGAAAAGAUACGACAACUAAAAAUCAGAGCAAAGCUCAUCACAACACCCCUUCCACCUCUGAUCAGCUGACCUCUGCUUCAUAUCAUGGCUGUGUAACUCCACCUGUCAGAGGAGCAUCAUCAGCUGGAAGAGUUUCAGAUGGUAGCCACAACACAGCUGGCACAGAAAGAGGAGAAGAAGAGAAUGCUCUGGUGUAUGCUUCUUUGAAUCACCAGGCUAUGUCCAGAGUGCCGAGAAGAACAGCACGACAAGAACCAGAACAUUCAGAAUAUGUGGCAAUCCGGUUCCGGUAAAUCAACGAAUCAUUUACCUAAAAAAAGUUUAAAAAAGAAUACUGAGAAAUGACCGAUGAGAAAAUGGUGACUCAUUUGUCAUUCUGUAUUAAGAAAUCAGUUUAAAACACUGUCUGUGAGGAGCUGUAGUCUCACCUUUUGGACACCUCUGUGUCGCAAAGUGCAAAUGUUUGCUAGAAUCUCAAGAGUCCAGCAAGAAUUACUAGUGUUCUUAAAUUUACAAAAACAAUUGAAUAGCUCUCUUUUCUGUCCUACUGAAAUAAAUAGAUGUGGAGAGUGAUGUUUCACAUUCUAGCAGGUAAUAAACUACAAAAAUAAAUGACAGCAGCUUCUACAAUGGUUAUUCCUAUUUACAAUGUGCUAUUUUGUUAUACAAAAGAAGCAGUUUUGAAAAUUGUCUUUGGCAACAUUUUUGAGGCUGAACUUUUAUUUAUUAUUUCCCUGUGGGUUUGUGGUUCAUAUUAUUAACAGCUACUGAAUGACUUAACAUAUUAAUUUGAAUGAGCAGCUGUUAAUAUGUCUGCUCAUUGCAUUGCAAAAAAAAAAAACCCCGACCAACUAAUAAGAUUUGCUCUUUUGGUCACAUCAUCUUACAUGUCCAGUGUCGCUACUGUUAUGCGAAAUGAGUUGGUGUUGUUUGAUAAACACCAUAGUGAAUACAGAAUCUGCAAAUAAUUAAAUAAAAUAAUAUUAAGUAAACUGUCUGACUGCCUGUUGGAGUAACUAUGAAUAAGGAACCAACUGUCAGAAAAUGAAUCUGCAUUUUAAUUCAACCCAUUUUCUAUUUUUGACACACUGGUUUGAAAACAUUUACAUGCUGAACAAUUGGGUUGUUUGGAGAGGCCUUCAGCGAUGCGAAUAAAGGUUCCUUUGUGCCAUUAUAGUUAAUAGUGGUGAUAUAAACUUCCAUAUUAUUAUAAAUAUGUAUAGUUGUGUUUAUCAUCAAAGUUACAGGCCUUUACAGUAAAUAUUUUACUUCACUUCAUUCCUUUAGAUUUAUAUAUAUAUAAAACAAUGUUUUUUCUACUCAGAAAUGUAUUGCAAUUUUUCUAAUAGAUCACCAGGCAUAAGUAUUUUUCAAGUUGUGAUCUUUUGAGAGAGUACAAAGUAAGAAGCCCACAAGAGCAAAAGCAUGCAAGCACACUUCCUGUACAAGCAGAGGGGAGAGUGCAAUUUACCAGACACGAGGGUGGGAUUCUUUAGCAGCCACAGUAAAGAAUAGUACCUACGACCUCCUUUUUAUGUAUUAAAGGUCAAUGAGUAACAUGCUAUUUAUACUGUACAUACUGAAUGUGUGUGUGUGUGUGUGUGUGUGUGUGUGUGUUUGUGUGUGUGUGUG